GACAAGAACACAUACUUAACCCUCAUAAAUUAGGUAGUUGUUUGUUUAGUAUAUAUCAUAAAAGUCCACAAUUAAACCGAUUUCUGCCGAAAUAGGGAUCCUGUUCAAGUUAAAGACCACAAUCAGUACCGAAUGGGCCAAACAAUUAUGGUUGCUGAGAGCAAUUUCUCAACGCUCCCCACCUUGGCCCAUGCAUUUAAGUGAACCAGUGGCAGUUGAGGACAUUAUUUGGGAUGAGAUGGUUGUUGGUGUGUCGUUCAAUUCAUAAUAUUUUUCCCAAUUACUAUAAAUGUAGAGCAUACUUGCUCUACUUUCCGUGCAACUCUAACUUUCAGAGUCUCUUUCUCUGUUUUGCUUUUGUUUCUAUAGCAUACCGGUUCUCUAUGGAGUUUCAUCUCUCCCCGGUUCUUACUCUUCUAGCUUUGCAGCUUGUGGUGGUGGCAAGCCAUGCUGCUCUAUCACCUGAGCAAUAUUGGAAUUAUGCGCUGCCAAAAACUCCGAUGCCAAAGGCAGUUAAAGUAAUUCUACAUCCUGAAUUGGAGGACAAAAGUACCUCUGUCAAUGUUGGGGGUGGUGGUGUAAACGUCAACACAGGAAAAGGGAAGCCUGGGGGCACUUCUGUGAAUGUUGGAAAAGGUGGAGUAAAUGUUAACACAGGGAAAGGAAAGCCAAACGGUGGCACCAAUGUAAAUGUUGGUGGCAAAGGUGGAGUAUCUGUAAGCACAGGAAACAAAGGAAAGCCCGUGUAUGUUAAUGUAUCUCCGUUUAUUUAUCGCUAUGCAGCCACUGAGACUCAAGUCCAUGAUGAUCCGAAUGUAGCUAUUUUCUUUCUGGAAAAGGAUAUGCAUCCCAGAGCAACAAUGACCCUGCAUUUCACUGAAAAUACAGAGACAGCAACUUUCCUACCUCGCCAAAUUGCCCAAAAAAUACCAUUUUCCUCUGACAAUUUACCAGAAAUUUUGAACAAGUUUUCAGUGAAACCAGGAUCAGUGGAAGCUGAGAUGAUGAAGAACACAAUCAAGGAGUGUGAACAGCCACAGAUUCAAGGAGAGGACAAAUAUUGUGCAACCUCACUAGAGUCAAUGAUUGACUUUAGUACUUCCAAGCUCGGGAAAAAUACUCUGGCAAUCUCUACAGAUGUGGAAAAACAAACUCCAAUGCAAAAGUACACAAUAGCAGCUGGUGUGCAGAAGAUGGCAGGUGACAAAUCUGUAGUGUGCCAUAAACAGAAUUAUGCAUAUGCUGUCUUCUAUUGCCACAAAUCAGAAACGACAAGGGCUUAUAUGGUACCUUUGGAGGGUGCUGACGGGACAAAAGCCAAAGCAGUAGCAAUCUGCCACACAGAUACUUCAGCGUGGAACCCAAAGCAUUUGGCUUUUCAAGUCCUUAAAGUUGAGCCAGGAAGCAUUCCUAUAUGCCAUUUCCUUCCUCAGGAUCACAUUGUUUGGGUUCCUAAGUAAAACCUGAAGAGCAGAUUGAGACCCUUUAUCAUCAAUCAACUAAGAAUAGCAGCUAAGGGCAUAUUAAGGUUGGUCUAUAAUAAUUAUACCUCCAACCCACGAGUUUAAAUAUGCACAUCUUUGUUAUGAAUGAUGAAUCAUGUAUUUAGUAAUCAGUAAAAUGGUGUUACUUUUUGUAUCCCAAUGGUUUGCUGGUAAAUCUACUAGAGUUCUGUCUCAUGAUGAAAAUCACUUAGGGAUGUCAAUGGGGCAGGUGAGGGGCGAGUAGAGGUUUCCCUUCCCCGUGAUUUUUUUCAUUAUACCUAUCCUCGAAUCCGACAGAUAUUUCAAAUUCAUACUCAUCCCUGUCCCUACGAUGAUUUAACAGGUACAGGAUAUCUUAGUACCUGUGGCACUUUAAAAAAUUAAAAAAAAAAAAAACUUUAAAACCAGAAAACACAUUAAUGUUAAGUUAUUCAUUGUUGCUAGACAAGCCAAGAACAGAAAACAUUAAAAACAAGGUUUAAUGGGGCAUUUGUACGCACAACAAUUAGUGACUAUGUCUCAAAAUUCAUGCAGCCUAUGUUUCUAUCUGCCUGCUAACAGCUAACAAUUAGUGAUUGAUUUUGAAGCACACCCUAACCCCAACCCCCUCCAAGAAAAAUGAAGUGAAGACCAAAUCCAGAUUGGACUAAUGGAUGUAGCCAGGUCGAAAGAUACAACUGGUCUGCUGGUCUGCCGGUCUGUGCAGACUGGUGAGUUAGUUUGGCUAACUUAGAACACGGAAUAUAGAAAUUUUAAGCAGCAAUUGUUUUUCUGACCAGCGAGAGGAUGAAUUUAAUUCUCCUCGCAAAGAAAAAGUGUUUAGCCGAGAAAGAGGGAAAGAGAUAGCACAGACAAA